AGACACCUGGCCGUCCCCAACCCUUGGCCCACGGUGGUCAACGCCCCCUUCCGCGACAGUCUCUCUUGACCUCGACACCGCUCUGCCCUCACCUGCCAUUGCCACUCCACCACGCUCCCACGACCUCACAUCUACAGCGAGCACCACCGAACCACUACCUAGGACGAUGGCAUUCGCUAUAGGCGGUUACUAGAUGGCUGCAAGCCCCAAAACUCCAACUCUCAGCAAACGCCCCCUGUAACCGGUUCUCGAUUUUGGUUCCUCUCCCGACUCCCUAACCGACCCCGUCCCCACCGCUCUCGUUGCUCUUCCUCUCUUGGGACCCGCAGGGCCCCGCGAAAGACAUUGCACCCCACGAUUCCCCGUCGACGUUGACCUGAGGAUGGAUGACGACCUUGAAGAUCCUCGUUGGAACUGGCCCUAUUGGAAAUUCGGCCUGAAGAAGGACGAUUUCGGCAAGCUCCAGGACCAGUACAACACGAUCGCCUCUCCGAUCCAGGACCCCGAGGCCUUCCACCACGAUGUGUACGAGAUUUCUCAGGAAGCCGUCGACGCCGACGAGUUCCAUCGCCUCCUACAAGACCGAAAGCAACAGCGUCUGCGCGAACUCAACGAGUCGCUCGAGUCGGCUGCCUUCGAGAUAAUCGCGAAUCCCUCCCUCAUCGGCACUGAUCAGUGGCAGUACGCCGUGCAGCUGUUCCGGACCAAGUCUCUCGACUCCCUUGUCCGCUACUUUGCAUCCUACCUCCCCCAGGAUCAUCACUGGCACAAGGAUGACUCGGCGUCCGAGAACGGGAGCAGCAUCGACUCGCUCACGCACUCUCACGGGUCCUUCUUUGGCGAUGAUGCCGAUGGGUUCACCGAUGAACCCCUCGACAUGCCCACUUCUUAUAAGUCUCACCUGCCUCCCUCUCCUCGCUCCAUGACCAUGGGCUCCGACUCGUCGGUGGCCUCACCCCUCAAUCACCACGACUACAUUCUCGACACCCUGACGCCUCCUCGCACGCUCUCCUUCUCCGAGUCGGAACCGGAUUGCUGUGAUCUAGGCGACUCCCACCAUCACCACGAUGAAGACGCACCACAGCCUUUCGGCGCCGACUCGCCCGCAACAUCCGUCUCAGACAUGUUAGAGAGCACCUUUGCCGCUGUUGAAAAUGCCGACGUGGUGCGCGACGAGCCACAUAAAGCAGCUCGUCAGCCUGCGGCGGAUGUUCUGGAGUCUGAGACGCCCACGCCGAAACCCGAGCGCCAGGCAUCAUCGUUCUUCGAGGCGAAGCCAUCGCUACCUCACCGACGCCACCGAAGUGUGUCGCCGUCUCGCCCGCUCCCGCUGCACGAACAAGAUCUUGAUGACGUCCUGGCCAGCCAUCGCGACCCCCGGAGCUCAGCGUUCCUGGCACACCCAGCGAGGCUCAGGAGGAGAGACUGCAGUCCGAUGCAGAGGAGGAGGAGAUUUGGCGAGCCGGCGACGCGCAUUCAAAAGAUGUUGUCCGAAGGGGUGCGUUUGCGACCCAGAGGGCGGAGGCGUGAUGAAAGUCGUUGAAGCGUGGUGUUUUGGCGUUCUGGAGAUUUGGUGGAUAGGCCUACCGAUACCCUCUGUACAUAUGUCCUACGACUGUACAUACGCGUUGCUUUAUAUUGAUUCUAAUUUCUGGAUACAGCUGAUGCCGUGAAU